GGUAUAAGACUGAUAACCAGGCGAUAUGGUUUAAACCCAAGCUUUAAUUUGAAAUCUCUUCACUAUAGAGGAUGUCUCUUAUUUUGAAGGGAAAACCUGACCGCCCCAGAUCUGGGCCUGUCUGUCUGGGUUGGUUGAUCUCCUCAGAUGGUUGUACUUUAGAGUUGUGAGGGUUCACACCGCCACAGGUCCAGCUGUGCAGACAUCACUCUGACUGCGGUGGGGUUACAUCUGGACGAGACAAUGGCAGACAGCUCAUCCUGCUUCCACUGUCGCAAGGACCUCGGGGGGAAAAGAUUUGUUCGACACGAGGGAAAGCUGGUCUGCGUCGACUGCCACAACAAGUAUUGUGCCAACUCCUGCGCCCAGUGCUUUCGGCCGAUCUCGGUGGAUUCAAAGGAGCUGGGCCACAAAGGCCGCUACUGGCAUGAAGACUGUUUCCGUUGUGCAAAGUGUUACACGCCUCUGGCGAAGGAGCGUUUUGGAACAAAAGACGACACUAUCAUGUGUUUGACGUGCUGCUCCAGAGAGGAUGCUCCACGCUGCCAUGGCUGCUAUAAGAUCAUUCCAGCUGGUAUAGAAAGUGUAAAGUACAAAGGAAACUUGUGGCACGAAGAGUGCUUCACCUGCUGCAGCUGCAGAGGACCCAUAGGAUCGCAAAGCUUCAUCUCCAAGGACAAAGACAUUUACUGCAGCUCCUGCUAUGACAAGAAGUUUACAAAAAACUGCGUCAGCUGCAACAAGGCUAUUACUUCUGGAGGAGUGAACUACCAGGACCAGCCAUGGCACGGCGACUGUUUCGUGUGCAGCGGCUGCGCUGAGCCUUUGGCAGGAUCGAGCUUCACCAACCACGAGGAUCAACUCUUUUGUGUCAACUGCUACAAGAACCGUGUAGCCAAGAAAUGCAGUGGCUGCAACAACGCCAUCACAGGUUUUGGUAAAGGGGUGAAUGUGGUGAGAUUUGAGGACAGCUCCUGGCACGAAUACUGCUUCAACUGUAAGGGAUGCUCGGUCAACCUUCCUCAGAAAGGCUUCGUCCUCAAAGGAAGAGACAUCUUCUGCACCGAAUGCGGCAACAAGGAGUGACGGACAACCCAACUGCUGUUUUUAUUACGUCUCUCAAAACCCAUACAUAUUUUAUACUUUCAAGAGAGCCUUCAUUUUAAUAACCGUUUGCGUUUCUGCUUGUAUUGAUCACACAAAGGCCACUGUAACGUUGAGAACAGAGCGUACAAGCUGUUGUUUGCUUUGAUGCUGCAUGAUAACAUUUCUAGCACACACUGUACUAAAUGUAGUAGUAACAGGCUUUAAAAACAUACAUUUGACACAAAAUGCUCAGCUCCUUGUGUUUAAUCCUGCUUUUAUGUGAAAAUUAAAUUAAAAUAAACAUAUACAUAUCUUACCGUUUUCCAACAAUUUUGUGUAACCUUAAAGGUAAACUUGGUAAAUACCGGCAAAAAUUAAAACCUUCAUAGACAUGGUACCAAUUGAAAAAGUAAUUCAAACAUCUGCUCCAAUGAAAAUUAUGUUUUUGGAGUGUUUUUACACUUUCUUUUAGCAUUGUUGUCAUGACGGAGUACAUAUAUUAUUAAAACUAAGGUUAAGACAAAGAUUAAGACAGACACAAAUUUCUAAUGAACUGCUGCUCUGCAGAAACUUUUUCCUAAAAAACGACACAAGUUGUUUGGUUUUGCCUUAAAAAGGCAUAAUGACAACUAAAAGACCACAGGGAACGCUUUUGCAACAGAUCAAAAGAUGAUUGGAGUGGGACCUGUAUUGAAAACUCCAAUUUCAAUUUUUCUUCAUACAAAACCUGCUUACAUAGUACCAUGAAGGUUCAGCCUGAAUUUGUGGUGAAUAUGCAACAGGGAGGAAACAUGGUUUCUUUGACUUUAUAUGUAAAAACGUUUUCCUCAUAAAAAGUACCAUUGUAUCUCCAAGAAAACAUUGGAAAAAAAAUUACUUUGAACAUAUCCCUGGGGGGAAGAACUUCGUUUUUGUGGUAUUUACAAAUAAACCUCUGCAAAAGCUAAAAGAAA